AUGUCUUCUGACCUGGACAAGGUGGACCGACUCGAGCAGUUUGUCGCUAAUGGUGCGUUCCAGGAACGAGACCUCCGUCUGCUACUCAGUGAUGGCCACUCCUGUCUUCUGGCACUGGACGCGACGGGGCGUCGGGACCCACGAAGAGAUGCAGCGUCUCCUGACGCUGCGUCGACGGCUGCUGAGUGGGCGCCGGACAAGGCGCUGCGGUGUCAGACUCCUUGGGGGUGCCCAAGGAAAGCGGCUGCAGGACAGGCUGCACAGCCACCGCUUGGGAAGGCGGCCCCGCUGAGGGGUCGACGUCCAUCAGCUCCGAAGGCGGUGGCGACUGAAGAGGGACCGCAGGCGCCGGAGCGACCACCUGGGGCGCUCCCGGAUGAAGCUGCGCGGGAGGCAUCAACGGGACGGGCUGUCGGCGUGGUAGCGGCGACGGCUGCUGCUGCUGCCCUGGGGGUGGCAGCGAAGUCGGAAGGCGCAGCUGGAACCCGCCGCGGACCAAAUCUGUGGACAAAGAACGAGCGGCAGAAUCCGGGCGGCCAGCGCGGCGCAACUGGUUCUGAUGCCUCCUGUGCACCCCAGUAG